AUGGAUGACCUAUAUAUCCGCCCCAAGUACAAUUUCCUGGAGAAUAUUGAUUACAUGGACAAGUCGGACAUUUCUGUCUACCAUCUUUAUCUUUGCUGGAAGCAAAACAACUCCCUAAGCAUCAAAAGUGGCUCAGAUGACAUCUCCUCAAGAAUCCCAUCUACUGUUUCCCGCCGGUUGGAGAACAUUUGUUGGAGACGAGUGCAGAAAGAGUUGAACAAUUUGGGGGAGAUUUCACCAUCCCAGAUAAACUGGAACAAGGAUAUGGACAUCACAUGGCUCUAUGGUCCUAAAUUUACAAACGAAGACCCAUUUGACACGCGCCUUACUUCGGAUACCCUUUCCAAGUUUAAUUCUCAAAAUGCAUCUGGGUUAGAGAACGACGAUCUUUCUUCUGUUGGGCUGGUCUCAUCAUUGUCGUUCUACGAAUCCUCGUCUUUAGCCAGCUCGGAAGAAGACUGCUCUGACUUUGACCACUUGCGGUUGAAGCCAGUAUUGAAAGUUUCUAAUGAUUACUCGAAACUCACCAACGACAAGAAGGCGAGGAAGACCCGCAAACUGGUUCAAUUCAGCUCCAUUGUGAAUUCACGUGAAUAUCUCAACGAGUUGCUGUUUGACUAUAAUUUCUUGGACACUCUGUGUGACUAA